AUGAAUAAAUACACAUCGAUUAUAACAGAUGACAAAUUCUCAUUGUUAACCCUGCGGGUAACAGAAUAUCCAAAAUGUUUAAGUCAUUGGGAAACCCUUAUAAGCCAUCUUAUAACGAAAUCCAAACCAAUAAAUAAAGCAUUAGAACCAGAACUAUGUGAUCUGAUACGAAAUACUUAUGAAUCCAUCCUUUUCCAUUUUCCAUAUUUGGAAAAUUAUCAUAUUGAUUAUGCAUUAUUUGAAUUCAAAUUGGGGAACAUUUCCAAAGUUCAUAAGACAUUUAAACAAGCAUUGUCCAUUUUCAAUCAACGAUCUUUGCUUUUAUGGAUAUCGUAUUUGAAGAUUUGUAAUGAUAUCAUUCUGGAACCAAAGCAACUUUUUAAGAAAUAUGAAACCGCCGAAAAAUACAUUGGUUUACAUUUUUAUAGUGCAGAAUUUUGGGAUUUAUACUUGAAACAACUAGAAGAACGUUGUAUCAUGAAAAAUAGAUAUUUUAUCGUGCUUCGUAAAAUAUUGGAAAUACCAUUGUACUCAUAUAGUAAAUUUUAUGCUAUUUGGUUGCAUCAUAUUGAUAAUAUUAAAGAUUUAUCCCAAUUGACCUAUCUCGUACGUAAAGAUGAGUUAUUGAAAAAAUUCAACAUAGACGUGGAUUUCAGAAGAAGAAGAGGUUUACUUCUUCUAGAUGCUAAAACUAAAUUGAAGAAACUAACUAAAGAGUUGUAUACUGUCACCCAAUGCCAAGUUCUCGAAAUGUUUACUUUAUUUGAAUCAAAGAUUACUACGCAAUACUAUACUUCUCCAGAAAACUUAAUAGCUUCCGAUGAAAUCGUAAUUUGGGAAAAAUACAUUAAUUAUACAAUAAAUUUGAACAUUACAAAUUUGAUAUAUUUAAAUUUUCAAAGAGCUUUGUUGCCUCUAGCUCAUUAUGAUUUGAUUUGGAUUAAGUAUGCUAAUUGGUUAAUCGAUAAGGAAAAUGAUCUUCCAUCAGCGAAUAACAUUUUACUACAGGGUCUUAAAGUAUCUUUGAAAAAAUCAAAUAUCUUAAAAUUGUUAUAUACUGUCUUAUUGAGAAUGAAUGAGAUUCAAAAAUUAUCAGAUAUCUUAAAUGAAUUGGAAAAAUCGUAUGGUAAUAAAAUUGAAAAUACCGAAGACUUUAGCCUAUUUUGGGAUUUUAUUCAAUUUACUAUAUUCCUCAAGAAUACUCCUUCUCAAAGUCGUUACUCGGAUGCUACUCAAAGUACGGAGUUAUUGCCAUCGUCAAUAUUCGAAAAAAUAAUGAAGAGAUUAAGUUAUGGUGAUUCCAAAAAUGGGCAAGAAGAUAUAUUAUCAAAUUUAAUCCAAUUACAAACAAAAGAUAACACGAAUACAAUCGAAGAAGAAGUAUUUAAAAGAAUAAUAGCUUCCAAAUGGGAUUAUUAUUUGAAUAAUGGGAUAUUCUGGGCAUUAUACAGUCGACUGAUAUUUUUUGACCCAUCAAGAUCCUACCUGGAAAAAAGGAAAUAUAUCGUAUCUUCUAUUUGGAAAGUAGCAUCAGAUUAUAAUUUGAAGAAUAAAAUAUCCUUAAAGGAAUUUUGUAUAAACUAUUUGACUGAUGAUAUUGAAAUCUUUGAGGAUUUGUUCGACAUCCAUGAAUGA